UUAAAAAAUGAAGAUUAAAUAAGUAACACAUUCUUCGACCUAAUUGGAACUGCUUAGAACAAAAGCGGAUUAAAAUCUCCCCCAAUGAAAUUCAUUUGCAAUUUCAUAGGUAGUCCCUACUUCCACUUCUAUAAUUUUGAGAAAACAUUGCAAUUUCAUCAAUAGUCCCCACUCGCGGGCCAAUGUCAAUUGCAAGCAAAUUUGCACCCUUGCAAUAGCUUCUCACAUCAUAGCAAGUGUAGGAUGCAAUUGCUCCUCCUUGCUUAGGGAUGACCAUUACUGCAUCUCGUCACCUGUCUUAGGGAAAUUAGCCAUGGAAAAUUCACAAAAUACUGCAUGCAUAGAAAAAUAUUUGUCUGGAUAAUUAAAAAAAUGGGAGACUUUCCUAGUCAGAUGAUGUACUGGCUCCCCUCAGUACCUGACAGUUUUGAGUGCUGGAGAAAAAGACUGAAAAAAAAACCAACAAAGCCUUAGUAAACUUCUUAACAAAAGACAUAAAAUGCUGGCCCCUUUGCUGCUCCAACGCUCCACCCCGCCCUGCAUCAAUCGACUCUCAUGUAAGCCGAGGACGUUUGCUUGAGGAUGCCUCAGGGGUCUCUUCAUGCUCCGUAUGCCGAAGGUCAAUAAAAGUAUUGGUCAAUUCGGCGAUACGGUAGACUGGCAAAUAGGCGCACUGGUCCUCCUUAGCAUAAACCCCCAUAUCCAUCCCAACCCUUUCAAGAAAGGUGGUCAAGAAGGUGGCAUAUGGAAAGGCAGUGUACCAGUUUUCCCCUCUAGGAGCAGCCUCAACCAUGUUCAGGCACAUGAGAGAUGCAAGGUUAACAGGAACACCUCUUUGAGCUUGCACAAGGAUAAACAGGUCAAGUUUACGAAUAAUCGAAUGACCACAGUACCUUGGCAUGAAGCAGUUGACGAUCAUCCAGUGGAGGAAUCAAAGAGGAUCUGGGAGGAAAGAAGCCUGGAUGCGCCCCUUCGUCAGUUUCGCCAGUUCAACUUCAAACUCAAAAUCGUACAGCCGCCCAAGAUCGCUUCUGCUAUCAAUGGGGUGUCCUGCGGCGGGGAGAUCGAGGAUCUCAGCAAACUGAUGAGGCUGGAAGCAGACUCUAUGACCCAGGAAGAUCGACACGAGAUGAGAAUCGCAGGGACCAGACAGCUCUAAAUUGUGGUAGAACUUCAUCACCACAUGCGGGCAGUAACUGGUGCUUCCUCGACUCCAGCGAUCAAAGAACUUUUCCCAGCCAAGAUUUUUAAUUAACUUCUUCACUUCUUGAGGGAAAGGACUCAGGUGGAUGAACUCGUACUCGGCCACAAUAGAUGUCUUGCUUGUGAAUGAAAGAUAGUCCCCGAGACUUGCGGUGGAUCGGCAGUCUUCGUUUGAUAGAGAUAGUAUCCCCAUUUCCGCAAACGAUUUACCUUUGUUUGACAUGGAGUCAGAGGAAGAAGGAACAAGGGAAGGUGAAGAUGGAGGAAAGAGAGAAUGUAGGUGUAAGAAAAAGUGAUCGUGGGG